AUGAGUUUAGCGAGUCCAAAAUUACCAUCUGUUCUUCUCAAUACAAACAAUAAUAAUAAUAAUCAAACAAAUAGUUCUUCAACAUCUAUUAAAAAAGAAUUAAAUAAUAAUACAUCAAAUGGAAAAGAUUCUAAAUCAAAUAAUUUUCAUCAAAGAGAAUCUAAUCAUCAAGAUUCACUAACUAAACGAAAAAGUCGAGUUCUACAUACAAAUGAUGAAUCCGAUGAUGAUGAUGAUAAUCAACCAUUGGCAAAAAAAGUAGCUGCUACUAAUGGUCGAAAUUCAACAAUAAAUAUAAAAAAAGAAUCUAUAACACCAAUUAUAAAGAAAGAAAUUAAAUCAGAACGAACAUCAAUUACUAUUAAAAUAGAUUCAUCAUCAACUAAACGUAAAAAUGAUAAUAUUAAUUCUGAUGAUGAUGAUGAUGACGAUAUUCCAUUGGCAAAAAAAGCUAAAAAUCAAGUAGCUAAACAAAGAAAAUCCAAUAAUUCAACAAUCAUUAUUAAAAAAGAAAAAAAGUCAGAUAUAAAACCAUCAAUAUUAGAAAUAAAAGAUUCUAAUUCAAAAAAAAAUUCUUCAAUAAAAAUUAAAAAAGAAAAACAAAGUCCAAUAUCAUCACCAAUUAAACAAACAAGUGGAAAACGUAAAAAGAAAUCUGAAGAAGAAGAAGAUGUUUGGCGAUGGUGGGAAGAAGAAAAAUAUACAGAUGGUAGAAAAUGGACAACACUUGAACAUAAAGGUCCAUUAUUUCCACCACCAUAUGAAUCAUUACCACAUAAUAUUAAAUUUUUUUAUAAUGGUAUGGAAGUAAAAUUAAAAGAAGAAGCUGAAGAAAUUAUGACAUUUUAUGCUCGUAUGCUUGAUCAUGAUUAUACAUCAAAAGAAAUAUUUAAUCAAAAUUUUAUGUCCGAUUGGCGUAAAUCAAUGACACAAGCUGAACGUGAAUUAAUAAAAGAUAUACGUAAAUGUGAUUUUACACAAAUUGCUAAUUAUUUUAAAGAACAAACAGAACAAAGAAAAGCAAUGAGUAAAGAUGAAAAAAAAAAAUUAAAAGAUGAUAAUGAAAAAAUACGAAAAGAAUAUGGUUUUUGUAUGUGGGAUAAACAUCGACAACCAGUUGGAAAUUAUAAAAUUGAACCUCCUGGACUUUUUCGUGGUCGUGGUGAACAUCCUAAAAUGGGUUGUGUUAAAAAACGUAUUAGACCAGAAGAUAUUAUUAUUAAUAUUGGUAAAGAAUCACAAAUACCUAAACCACCUGAAGGACAUCAUUGGAAAGAAGUUAGACAUGAUAAUAAAGUUUCAUGGUUAGUUAUGUGGACAGAAAAUAUUAGAGGAAAUAAUAAAUAUAUUAUGUUAAAUGCUUCAUCACGUGUUAAGGGUGAAAGAGAUUGGCAAAAAUAUGAAAAAGCUCGAAAACUUCAUAGAGUUAUUGAUAAAAUACGUGAAAAUUAUCAAAUUGAUUGGAAAAGUAAAGAAAUGCGUAUACGUCAACGUGCUGUUGCACUUUAUUUUAUUGAUAAACUUGCACUUCGAGUUGGCAAUGAAAAAGAUGAAGAUGAAGCUGAUACUGUUGGUUGUUGUUCAUUACGUAUUGAACAUAUUAAAUUAUUUGAUAAAAUUGAUAGUUUGGGAGAAAAUAUUGUUGAAUUUGAUUUUCUUGGUAAAGAUAGUAUAAGAUACACAAAUAAAGUGAGUGUUGAACCACGUGUAUAUAAAAAUUUAAAAUUAUUUAUGGAAAACAAAAAUGGCGAUGAUGAAUUAUUUGAUCGUCUUUCAACAGCAGGUCUUAAUCAAUAUUUAAGUGAAUUAAUGGAAGGUCUUACAGCUAAAGUCUUUCGAACGUAUAAUGCUUCAAAGACACUUCAAGAUGAACUUGAUUCGCUGACUGAUCCAAAUGCAUCUAUACCUGAAAAAAUGCUUGCCUAUAAUCGUGCUAAUAGACAAGUUGCUUUACUUUGUAAUCAUCAACGUUCUGUACCAAAAACAUUUGAAAAAAGCAUGGGAACACUUAAAGCUAAAAUUGAUGCAAAAAAAUCUGAAAUAGAUGAACAAAAAAAUGAAUAUAAACGAGCAAAAACAGAAUAUAAAAAUAGUAAAAGUCAAUCAUCUCAAAAAAAAAUGGAACAAAUUGAAAAAAAAUUACAACGUUCAGAAGAUGCUUUAAAAAAACUUGAAGUACAAGCACUUGAUAGAGAAGAAAAUAAAGAUAUUGCACUUGGAACAUCUAAACUUAAUUAUCUUGAUCCACGUAUUAGUGUUGCAUGGUGUAAAAAAUGGGAAGUACCGAUUGAAAAAAUGUAUUCAAAAACUCAACGUGAUAAAUUUCGUUGGGCUAUUGAUAUGGCAACAGCUGAUUAUCAUUUUUAUAAUUAUGAAGGUGAAAUUGUUUUACGAAAUGUUGAUGAAACAAAUAAUGAUGAAGAUGAUGAAGAACAACUCAAUUCAGAUGAUGAAUAA